UUUCAGACAGCAAUUUUUUAUCAAUAGAGCGAAAUGUGUGGACGGUCGUAAACGCACGUCGGCCUUUUUCUCUAGACCCCGAUGUAAAUUUUACUUUCACUUAAUGUGAAUCAUAGUCAGUAUACUAAAUGUGUUGUGAUAUCAUUCCGCGGACUCCGGAUUUCAUUUCGUAAAGCUAAUGCCAUGGCUAAGGUCGUAUUCGAGAUGGCAUACAAAAAUUACUGUGUUGUGUUUAUAAUUUUCGCCUUAGCGAUAGUUCAAGCGGUUGGUUACGACACGGAAUUAUACGAAACAAAGCCUUGCGACAGCAAUGUGUGUUUUGAGGCGCUCCACGGAGCCCUGGGCGACUGCUCGUGUAAUGUUGACACUAUCGACUACUUCAACAAUGUCAAAAUAUUCCCCCGAAUCCAGAGUCUUGUAAGCAAAGAUUAUUUCCGUUUCUACAAGGUCAAUUUGAAGAAGGAAUGUCCCUUUUGGGCUGAUGAUAGCAGAUGUGCGAUGAAGUACUGUCAUAUUAAGACAUGCUCCAAGGAGAGUGUGCCAGGCAUCGCCAAUGGGUAUGAAAAUGACCAUAUUGAUGAGUCUCCUGUUGAAAAGUAUACUAAAGAGGGUCAAUCUGGAUGCAGUAAAGACCCUGACCAUGAUCCCCAGUUGGGAUAUUUGAAUAUGACCAUCAGUGCAGCUAGCCAGUAUGAGAUUGCCAAAUGGAAAGCUCAUGAUGAUGCACUGGAAAACUUCUGUGAAUGUGAUGACAGAGAUGCUGAUGCUGAGUAUGUAGACCUGUCUCUAAACCCUGAACGUUACACUGGCUACAAGGGUCCAUCAGCCCAUAGGAUCUGGAGGAGCAUUUAUCAGGAGAACUGCUUCCGUCCUAAACUGAAUCCAUAUGAGUCUUUUCCUUAUGUCUUAAGUUCAGAUUUGAGUAACAUGUGUCUUGAAAAAAGGGUGUUCUACAGGGCUGUCUCUGGCUUGCAUACAAGUAUUAAUAUUCAUUUGUGUUCCAAAUACUUACUGUCUGAGAAAUCAGUAGGAUUUGCUGCCCCUCCUGACGGGGUGUGGGGCCCGAACCUAGAGGAGUUUCAGCGAAGAUUUGAUCCUUCACAAACAAUGGGUGAAAGUCCUAAUUGGCUAAAAAACCUGUACUUUGUAUACUUAUUGGAAAUGAGAGCAUUGAUGAAAGCUGGACCUUACUUGGAAAAGGAGGAGUAUUACACUGGGAACCCUACUGAGGAUGAGGAGACUCGACAAGCAGUCCAAAAUAUGCUGAGUGUCAUAUACACCUUCCCAGAUCAUUUUAAUGAAUCAUCAAUGUUCAAUGGAGGUAUACACUCUGUUACUUUAAAGAAUGAGUUCCGUGAGCACUUUUGGAAUAUAUCCCGAAUUAUGGACUGUGUUGGCUGCGAUAAAUGCAAGCUUUGGGGCAAGCUGCAGACGCAAGGGCUGGGUACAGCUUUGAAGAUAUUGUUUUCUGGUCGGUGGGACAGUCCCGGGGACCCAGAACAGGGGAGGUUGCCUCUGAGACACAAAGCACAACGACUGCAGAGAACUGAGAUAGUUGCGUUAUUCAAUGCCUUUGCCCGGCUAUCAAAUAGCAUUAGGGAGCUGGAAAACUUCAGAAUUAUGCUCAGCUCACAAACAGAGUCAAAUUCGAGGGAUAACUUUUUCGGGGGCGCCCAAAGCAACCUUCAGGCCAGGACGAAAAAGGAACACUGUUCAUCAGGGGGCACCAAGCCGAGAAUAUGGAGUUAACUGCAGUAAAAUAGUUAAAUAAUUGGCGUGAACUGAAAUUCCUUGUGAUUCACAUAUCAGUCUUGCUGAUAACAUGGUGAAACUGCGUGCACGCGCCGUUAAGCGAAUAAUCCACACUAUAAUACUACAUAAUACAAGUAACUUAUGUUAUAAGAUUAUACAAUACAAUAUUCGUAUUUGUUGUAAUCAGUAUGUUGAUUGGUUGCCUUUUAACGGUUGAAAUGAUUUAUGUCCAUCACGAGCAUUCGACUAAAACUCAGACCCAAAACGAUAAUUCGAAUUACAUUAUCGGAAACAGACUUUUACGUUGUAGUAUUGAUUAAAUUGUAAUCAACAACAAAAUAUUUCCUGUCAUUUCCUAAUUCAUAACAUAGCAUCGCGCCUGCAUUCCCGAAGGGGUAGGCAGAGGUGUAUAAUACACCCACUCCUCGCCAGAUAUUUAUUUAUUUAUUUAUUGAGUACAACUACAUCAUAUAUACAAAACAUUCACAAGUAAUACAAUUACUAAAAUUAAGACUUAUAUACGACAAUUACAGUGUACAUAGCAUCUACAAAUUAGUAAUAAAAUUAACACAGCAGUCUCUACUUAUUUAAAUGUUUAAGUCACACGUAAUAGGGGGUGAGGUAGGGGGGGGGGGGGGGCUUAAUUGGGCACAAAUCCUGGAAACCACGUGAUGUCAAUUAUCUUUGACCCAAACAUAAAUUCAUAAAGUCGAUCUCAGUGGUUUAGAGCUCGAAUCGGGAUUGGAACCACCAUGUAAGUUUGUGACACUACCAUGUAAGUUUCGCCUUCUCCGAACCGGGUUAUUAGGUGUUCAAUUUAUUCAGAAAACUCUCUACGGAAUAAUUAUAUUAAAAUGCUCAUUAAGAGAUUAUCUAGAUAGAUUUGGGACGUAGAGACAAAGUGUUGUUUGCACGUUUUAGUCUGCCUAGUUUAUAGCAGACUGUAGCAUAGUGUUGCCCAUCAAUAUUAUAUCGAUAGUUUAGAAACACCAAUAGUAUCGAUGGCUAUAGAUAACGUAAAUGAUUUUCAAGGUCAACUAUCGAUAGUCUUGGCAACAAUGCCGUAGAAGGUCUGAAAUAAAAUUAUACGCUCCAAGUGGGCCGUUGCAAUUCAUUAUGCCCACUUUUCCUUAUUUACCAAUCUAAACACAUGGCAACACUGCGACUGCGUGUCCGUUACAAUUCAUACUUUUUAUUCCGCUUUUCCUUAUUUACCAAUCUAACAUGGCAACACUGACUGAUACAGCUCCAUAUCUGUACGCAAAAUGUAUUUAGUGUGGAUUUUUCGGUUAACGACAAUUUUGAUUGAGAUUUCUUUACAAUUUGUUGAAGGAAUUCGUUGAAACCAUCACAAGACUUAAUGAAAUCCAGUGAACUGUUGAGCUUAAUGUGUUUUGUGCAAGGAUGAGCUAAACAUUGUUUUUUUUUUUAUUAGAAAGAUUUAUAUGAAUUCGUCCAAAAGCAAUAUUGCUAUUUGACAUUUGUGUUCAUUGCGCACUUAUUUUUAUAUGCGUGUUGUCUCGUGGUAUCGAUGACCUGUCCGAGAGUGUACCGAUAUCUCAGAUAUCUCAAGUUCUUUUAUAAAUGUUUUUUAUUUUUUUUAAACCUUACUUUUUUCAAGAAAAUAAGCUAGCGUAAUUAAAACACAUAAUACCGGGUUCUUACCGCGUUUAUCAGGGAUAUGACACUCCCGAUAUUUCAACACUGUUGCAACUGCCAUGAUUACGGGACGUUAAUUAUGAUAAUAACCGCGUAAACCUCAAACAAAAUAAGCUACCGUCUAGGAACUGCUUUUUGAACUUUUACCAGCAGAGUAUUAAUUUCCAGGACCUCCACUCUUCUGGAACCUAACUGAUCAGAUUCUUUAACCAACUUGUAAACUAUUGCAUUGAAUACAGAAAUUAGUGUUGUUAGCCAAAACAGGCAGUUUAUUCCAGAUUUUGAUGACAAUAGAAAGAUACAGUUGUGUAAAUGUUUGCUUAGGCGAAGCAGCGACGGAUGCCGGUAGUGUGGGGACCAUGACGAUCUCAAUAUUGUUGUUAAACUGAUCAAUGUUUUGCUCUUCCUUGUAGUUUCUCUACAACACUAUUGUUACAGGUACCGAUCUAGCAUAAACUAUCACGAACUAAUUUGUAUUAUACUACUUCAGGGCCGAUAGCGACAGCGACUGCGUUAUUCAUGUACGGCGCAUGAGUUCAUUGAUUUCCGAUGAUCCUACAGGCCUUUGUGUAUGAUGGAGUAUUUUCAAUAUUACCUAAACCGUUAUUUAGUACGCUGUAUUUAAGAAGACUGUGUCAAAUGAGAUCGUGCCCUGUAAUAAACUCAGUAGAAUAAGGCUAGCGAAUUUUAAGGUUUAUUGUACAAUGGCUGGUACCUGUUAGUUUGCGCGGAAUUUUAUUUUCAUGCUGAAUUUGAAAAGCAAUUACUAUAUUAAAAAAAAACAAUUAGUAAAUAGAAAUUGAGAAAAUUGCCCGAUAUUUUUUAUUGUUAGUGUUACUAACGUUGAUAAAAUUUUACUACCUACGAGAAUUAAUUUGAACUUCAAUUUGACGGCAUUCUUACUCUUAGCUUAUUCGCGCGCAAACUAAAACCAUAAUUGCAUUAUAGAUGUUUAGCACUAAUAUCGUGUUAUAAUUAUGUACAUAAACAUAAUAAACAUAAAAUAGCCUAUAUACGUCCCACUGCUGGGCACAGGCCUUCUCUCAAUCAACCGGAGAGGGUAAUUAUGUACAAUAAUAAUAAAAUUACACUUAACAUUUUGAUUUUAGAAGCAAUUGUUAGAUAUCGUUAUUGAAUUUAAGUUUUAGACUUAAAAUUGUGUAUUUGUUGUGUAAAUUCAUUAAUUUUACGUUUUUUGAUUGCCUUGAUUGGUCAUUGUGUUCUUUACGAACUGUAUCUGUGGUCAGAAUUAAUAUUACAGUUUUUCAUACACUAUGCAGGUCGUAAAUGCUUAAGAAAUUACUAUUUCUAAGUCAAUAUUGUCCAGGGGUUUUGUUUUUGAACAGCUCGCUUACAACUCACGUGCGAAGGUAUAUAUCCCUCUUAUCUUGCAAAUGACAAGUUCUGAUAUAGUACAUGAAAUGGAUAUAUAUUUUCGAACGUGGUAUGGCUGGUAUUGGAUUAUUAAUUCUAAGUUAACUCCUGAGCGAACUGAAUACUUUGGUAAUCCUCUUAUACAAGAUGUAUAUAUGUUUUAUAUAAACUUGUUUUCUAGUAUUUUUGUAUAUUGUGAAUAUGUGGAUGAUUUUGUUCUAUGUUCUUUCACUUGCCUUAUAUGUCGCCGGCGUUUCGGUCACAAUUCUUAUAAAUAUUUAAAACGUCAAGCAGUAUUUUAAAGUGAGAUGUACCGUUUCCGCGAACGUUCCCAAAAUAGGAAUGUUUCUCUUGUAAAAACUCUAGGCUUUUCUUUUUCAAAUUGUUCAUUUUUGUACUGUGAUCUUAUCUGCCUAAAGGUUAGGUAAUGAUUUUUUUUACAUAUAUUUUGCGCCUUUUUUACUGCCGGGAAAGUGCCCAGAACCGGCACUUCACUGCGUAUCGUGUCUUCUGUAACGACAUUUGACCCGACUCACGACUCAACUUUCUAGUCAACUCCCGAUCAUGAACGAAGUGCAAUAGUUCUUGAAUUUUUAUUGUAUAUUUUGUUAUGUUUUAAAUAUAUACUCUUUCCCAAUUUAUACAUCGAUGCAAUUAUGUCCAUUAGUGCUCGUCGCAAGGUUAUUAAAACGUUCCGUACUGGCGGUAGUCCAAAGCAAAAUCAUCCAAAUGUAUUUUUGGUUUAUUGGCAAUUUGGCAAGUCUUGGUGGUACUAGAAGUUAAACGGUUUUAAAUAUUGUGCGUAUCUUACUUGCCUAUGUUGGUACUACGAAAUUAAUUCUUUAAGUAUUUCUCUUAUGCCCAGCCAUGGUAUAAGAAAACCAGGUAUGUUCAAAAGUCACAGCUAACAUUUCAAUGUUAGCCUAGCUGACGUCAUUCCACCCUGCGUUGCUAUUUCGUAAAAAAAAUAAUUCCCACGACCAAUGUUUUUAUAUUUACUUUGCAAGGAAAUUUUGAACUUUUAGUAAACGAUUUACUUACAAUUUUAAUGAUUUUUAUAUAUGUGACAAGUAAUAGUAAUUUUUGUCAUCAUCAAGUAACAUUAGUCAGUAAGUCGAUUAAUUUUCAAUAAUAAAAUAUACGUACUUGGAAUGUUGGAGAUACCUAUUUAAUGGUAACACAGUGGUAACACUUACGUCAUCAAAGAGCUAGCAAUGGCGGCUUGUCAUAGGAUUGAGCAUACCUGGUUUUCUUAUACCAUGUGCCCAGCCAGCUAUUUCAUAAAUCCUAUCUUAUGUUUUAGCCAUACUGUUACCCUUAUCCUCUACCCUAACGUAGCAUGAUUAUCAUGACAGCCGGAUGGAGAAUAUAGUACAUCGCCUAGCGCGAAAGGGAGGAGAGAUAUUAUGUUACUUUCGCACUAACGGUAUAUAGCUAAAUACGAAAGAGACGAGAGAAAUGUCACUGUAAUCAUGUUUCCCGAUUAACUUUAACAUUGAUGGUAUGCAAUUUCAAUUCCAGCGAUUAGUUAUUUGAUGACCAAGGCUCUGGGGGGUUAAACAAAUGUCAAAUAGCAGAAUAGAAUUGCUGCGAUGUGGCCUUUUUAACCGCCCUGAUCAGAUAAAAACUUAUAUCACACACUAAUUACAACAUAACAGCCAAACGUCCAUAAUACCUAUUCGUGUAAAGGUUUGCUUGUAAUUUUCGGUCCAGUUACUUUUAAUGAUUUGCAUAAGGUUUAAAUUAAGGACUAAUAAUAAAUCUUAAUUUAUCUAGGGUUUUCUUAAAUUGUCUUUAGUGUAUUUAUUUGUAAAAUUUAAUGUUAAGGCUUAAUAUAUUUUAUUUAUUGGCAUAAUUAUAAUGUGUGCUCAAGAAUUUAGGUCACAAAACCAAUGUACACUACAGAUUAAUAUAAUAUUUAAUAUCAAGUAUUACUAUAUAUUAGUUCGUAUUUAUUCCAGAUUUUCUCACUUUAAGGAAAUAAUUCCAAAAGCAUCCAAGUAUUAUUUAUUACGAUUUUUAUUAUUGUGCAAUACAUUCAAUCAUGCCGUGGUAGCCCAGUUGGUAGAAAGCUUGCCUCUCAUUUUGUGGUCACAGGUUCGAAUCCAACACAGGCCUAAACCAAUGAUUGUCGAAUUUGUUUUCGAGUUCAUGUUUGGAUCAUAAAUGAUUAUCACGUGCUCAGCGGUGAAGGAAAACAUCGCGAGGAAACCCACAUUUUCGAGAAAUGCAUUUUCGGAGGUAUGUGACCUAACCUGUAUUGAGAUGGUUUUCCCUUCGCGGGUUGAAAGGUCAGACGGGAUAAUGCUAGAGAUGAUGAUGAAAUUCAAUCAUGUUAUUAAAUAUUCUUUAUUAUGCAAAUUUAGCUUCCUCUCAAUCUGUUAUUUAUAAUUUUCUGGCUAAAAGUACAAUAAUAGUUAGAUUGGAUACUAGUAUAUUAUUUUAUGACGCUAUGUUGUUAUUAAUUAGCAAGCUAGUUAGUUAGUAGGUGUUUGUUGCUGUUUGCAGUUGAAGGAAAAUUAUGAUAAAUUAACCAUCUUGAUAAUACAUUAUUUUAGGUACUUUCGCAUUCUAUUAGAAGUAGUUAUACACACAUACAGUCAUGAGCAAUAUAAUGUACCCACUUUAGGCCUCUGUCGCACUAACAUAUUUGACAUUUAGUAAGACUUACAGUUUAAUUUGUCAAAAAAGUUAGUGUGACAUGGUACCGAAGUGUAUACGUAUACAUAUUAUUGCUCGUGACCGUACAUGGGUACAUGACGACUCUUCGUCAGAAGACAUAUUGCAGCCACUCUGGGCAUUGGCAGCAGUAGUCUUAGAUUUACAAUACAUUUUACACUUUUUAAAAAUGGGGGAAUAUAAAAAUCAUUUUUGCCAUAAUGUCCACAAGUUCAAAUGCGAACAGCAGUAAAUUAAAUCAAGUCGACUUCCACAUUCAAUUUUCCCGUAUCAAUAGGUCAUAAGUUGUUAUCGUGAAACGCAAUAAAUACAGUUUGAUGGUUUUUGGAUUGAAACUUAAUGGUUACUGACGUUUUAUAACUAUUUUAAAAUAACAUUGUUUACGACCUGUGAGAUUUCAACGAGAAUUACUUAUACUAAAAAAAGAAAUAAAUUAAGCUCUAUAUAAAUAUGUAGUGCGGCUAGAUUAACAUUUUGAGGAACGAUAAAAUUAUUAAAAUAUUGUCUGUGAUUUUUUUAAGGUCUAGGUGACGAUCAUGACAAAAUUUAUUUAUUUUUUAAUUUUAAAUAAAUGUUUUAUCUGUAUA